AUGGACUUAUACGCCAACCCCACCACAACCAAAAGUCCAGAUGACUCUGAAUUUGAUACCCCACCACAAACUCAACCCAUUGAACCCUUCUUAUCCUUCACCAACGGCGCAAUCAAGAAGAACCACCACCGCCAACACCACUCACCACUGCCUGUGGGGGUGGUGACAUACAAAGAAUGUUUGAAGAACCAUGCUGCCAGAUUGGGUGGACAUGCCAUGGAUGGUUGUGGAGAGUUCAUGCCUUCCGCUUCCGCCACCACCGCAGAUCCCACCUCCCUAAAAUGCGCUGCAUGUGGCUGCCAUCGCAAUUUCCACCGCCGUGAGCCUAAUGAUCCCUCCCCCACCAGUAUAAUCCCUCCUCUAUUUGAUUUCCGCUACCCACCUCCACCUAGACGACCUUCAUCUUCCCCCUCCCCACCACCACAACCAACCAACAUGUUAUUGGCCCUCAGUAUGGCGGUUCCGGAAGACCACAACCACCAGGAUCCGGCGAUACCAACAGAAUUCAAGACAGAGAACCAAAGUGGAAGAAAGAGAUUCAGAACAAAAUUCAGCCAGGAGCAGAAGGAAAAAAUGCUCUCUUUUUCGGAAAAACUUGGGUGGAAAAUGCAAAAAUGUGAUGAAUCAACAGUUAAAGAAUUCUGCAAUGAAAUAGGAGUUUCAAGGGGUGUACUCAAGGUGUGGAUGCACAAUAACAAGAGCACUUUUGCCAAAAAAGAGAUUAACAAUGGCAGAAUCAUUAGCUUUGAGAAUAAUGGGCUCAAAAUCAAUGGCGGAAGCAGCAGCAGCAACAAUGAGAAUAGAGAAGAGCAAAUAAAGGAUCUAGAUGCUUGA